AUGGCUCAAAAACCAGUACUCAUCUCCGGCGCCGGGCUGGCAUCCCUCCUCUUGGCACAGUCGCUUCUACGAUCCAAGAUCCCAUUCCAGAUCUUCGAGCGCGACGCUUCACUCAGCUUCCGCGGGCAGGGAUACCGACUCCGGUUGUCGUCCGAGGGACUGGACGCGAUCGAGGCAGUCCUCGGCCCUUCUGCAUUCCAGCGUUUCUGGGACCGCUGUGGGAAAACAGGCGGGAGCGGGUUCGUCGGCUUCGACGCCAUCACGGGGGUGUCUUACGAGGAGAAAACGGAGAGUCUCGGUUCGCGGGACGGAAAGAUCGUCGGGAUCGCGAGGGGAGAGAUGAGGCGGCUGUUCCUUGAGGGUUGCGAAGAGUUCCUGCACUUCAAUAAGCAUGUCAAGGGCUAUGAGCUGACGGAGGACGGGGUUCGGGCCGUGUUCGCGGAUGGGUCCAAAUCGGUGGAAGGCUCCCUGCUUGUUGCUGGUGACGGGCUCAAGUCCACCAUUGCCAAGCAGGUGUCUGGUGGGCGGCUCAAGGUCUAUGAUCUAGGGGCCAGGGGUAUACAUGGCCAGGCUCCGACUUCGGCAUUCAAAUCGCUCGGUGAAGGUGUGUUCAGGGUCGUGGAUACGGCAAAUCCCGAUGGUCGAUUGUCCAUCAUCACCAAUGUGCGUCCCAACGAUAUGGAUGACGAGAAUGUCGAGUUUGGCUGGACUAUGAUCGGCAUCCCGGGGGUGAUCAAGGCACCCAACGACGACUACACGAUUGUCGGGAAGGGAGCAGCCGACAUUGCAAAAUCAUUGACGAAAGACUGGAAUCCUCGCUUCAAGCCUCUGUUCGACCAGAUGAACGAGCACGAAGCGGCGUUCUGGAAAAUCACAUGUUCAACACCCACUGGUGUUCCUGAGUGGCCCAAUGAACCCCGUGUCGGGCUCAUUGGCGACGCGGUCCACUCAAUGACGCCCGCGGGCGGGAUUGGAGCAAAUACUGCUGUGAGAGAUUCGGCGUUACUUGGCCGGUUGUUGCAUGAGGCUGGUGGGUAUGCACCAGGUGUGACUGCGGAGUAUGAGAAGGAAAUGAGAGUCUACGGUAGCGAGGCCGUUAAGUCAAGUUAUGGUAUGGCAACAAAGGCGUUUAGUGUUCAAAUCGAUGACUCAACUCCGACCAUUUGA